CUGCGCCGCAUCCAUCCAUACCCUAGCCGCCAGUCUUCUCGUCUCCGUCAUCGGCGGCGGUGUCCCCUCCCCUCCUCUCCUCCCCGCAAGAUCCGGUGUGACGGCGUGCCAGCGCCUCCACCCGUCUGACGGUGACGGCCUGACGGGCGAUGCGCUGGGCGGGCCUCCGUCGGCACGAACUCCUCUCAGCCGGGCGGCCCUAGCAGCUCACGGCCCCACCAUCUGGCAGGUAGCCGGCGGCGGAGCAGCAGUGCCUUCUCCUUUGACAGGCAACACGCCCACACGGCAACAAGGCCCGCUCCUUCGGGACCGUGACCCAUCUCUCCCUUCGCUCCCCCAGCUCCCGCCGCCCUCCACGCUCCCCUGCCCAGCUGCAGCUCGAGUCCGGCUGGUGCGGCAGCACCCUCCCUUCCCACGACUUCUCUGUUCUUUCUCUCGGCCUCGGUCUUCCUUUCCUAGCAGCGACGACAGGGCGAGUUGCGCUGCCCGUUGUUCGUCGAGCGACGGGCGCUUCGCCGGCGACGGGCAUCUGACAGGGUUACUUCCUAUACUGGGUCCGCCCCUGCCUGUAGCUUCGGCAGCAGGAGGACACCAUGAAGCUUGACGUGAACGCCCUGCGCUACCUCACCAAGGAUGACUUCCGCGUCCUCACCGCCGUUGAGAUGGGCAUGCGCAACCACGAGAUUGUCCCAGCUGAGCUUGUUGACAGGAUCGCUGGACUGAAGCAUGGUGGCACAUACAAAGUGCUGAGGAAUCUUUUGAAGAACAAAUUGGUGCACCAUGAUGCCACUAAAUAUGAUGGAUAUCGGCUCACCUAUCUUGGAUAUGACUUCCUUGCCAUCAAGACUUUGGUUAAUCGAGGAGUUUUUGCUUCGGUUGGCCGUCAGAUCGGUGUUGGAAAGGAGUCAGAUAUAUUUGAGGUUGCCACAGAGGAUGGUACAGUGCUUGCCAUGAAGCUCCAUAGGUUGGGCAGGACAUCUUUUAGGGCUGUGAAAUCUAAGCGUGAUUAUCUAAGGCAUCGAAGGAGCUUUAAUUGGCUGUACCUCUCACGACUUGCAGCCUUGAAGGAAUUUGCCUUUAUGAAGGCUUUAGGAGACCAUGGUUUCCCUGUUCCAACUGCUGUGGAUUGCAAUCGGCAUUGUGUGAUCAUGUCACUUGUUCAGGGAUAUCCUCUGGUUCAAGUGAAAGAGUUACAAAAUCCAGAUGAUGUUUUUGACACAAUUCUUGGUCUUAUCGUUCGUUUGGCAGAGCAUGGGCUGAUACAUUGCGACUUUAAUGAGUUCAAUAUCAUGAUUGACGAUGAUGAAAAAAUUACGGUUAUUGACUUCCCACAGAUGGUAUCUGUUUCUCAUCGUAAUGCGCAAAUGUUUUUUGACCGAGACAUUGAGUGUAUCUACAAGUUUUUCAACAAGAGGUUCAAUCUUACAUCAGAGGAAAAUGAAGAACAAGAUGGAUCUGAAAGUGAUGGUGAAGGGAAUAGCAGGCCAUCCUUUUUGUCUGUGAAAAAGGCUGCUGGUUCCUUGGACAAGGAACUAGCUGCCAGUGGGUUUACCAGGAAGGAGCAAGUGGAGAUGGAGAAGUACAUUGAUGAAGAUGCUGAAGGACAUGAUUCCGGCUCAGAUGAUGAUGAUGAGGUUGGUGAUGCUGUGCCUAUUGAUUCCUUGAAGAUAGACCGGGACCAUAGUGAUGAGCCUGAUUGUACUCUCACCUCAAGGGAUUCAGGUGUACCUGGAACUUUUUCUGAAGAGCAUGGAACAAGUUGUAGCGGUGAGAACAGAUUGGAAAGUUCUCCCUCAGGUAGCAAUGGGGAUGCUAAGGAAGCGCUUGAGUCAGAGGGCAAGAUGCUUUCCCAGGAAGAUGAAGAUAAUGAUGAUAGCUCGUUGGACCAUGAUGAGGAGGAGGAAGAUGCGGAGCUCACAAAAAAAUUAAACAAGCAAAGGAAAAAGGCAAUCGCAGCUGCCCAUGGGCGGAGAAGGCCCGCGUCCUCUAGGAAUGCCUACAAGGACAAGGGGAAGGGCACCAUGAACUCCAAAAUCCAAAGGCAGGCGUGCAAAUGGUGACGGUUGAACACCUAGGGCGCUUCAAACUGCAAUGCUAAAAGAUUGGAUCAAGCACCCCCUCGUGGGUUAUAGAAUCAGCUCUGGCAUUUCUUUCUUUUAGCUGCCGUACCUUUUGUACACAGUUCUGUCACUGAAUAUCGAGAAUACAUGUUUGGCAGCUGCCUAAUCAGUACAGUCUGUCCUUUAGUUUUUCAGAAGCA